AUGGGUGCCGGCUCCCGAGGAGAGGGCGGAGGAGAAGAGGAGGGAGGCGGGCUGUGGGCCCCGGCCCCAUUCAUUGCCGCGGCCGGUCGGACAGGGGUCCCGUGUUUUCCGAGUCAUGGAGGCGCUAAUUCCUGUUAUCAACAAGCUGCAGGACGUCUUCAACACGGUGGGCGCCGACAUCAUCCAGUUGCCUCAGAUCGUCGUGGUGGGAACGCAGAGCAGUGGAAAGAGCUCAGUGCUAGAAAGCCUAGUGGGGAGGGACCUGCUUCCCAGAGGCACUGGUAUUGUCACCCGGAGACCUCUCAUUCUGCAGCUAGUCCACGUUUCACCUGAAGAUAAACGAAAAACAACAGGAGAAGAAAAUGGGGUUGAAGCAGAAGAAUGGGGUAAAUUUCUUCACACCAAAAAUAAGCUUUACACGGAUUUUGAUGAAAUUCGACAAGAAAUUGAAAAUGAAACAGAACGGAUUUCAGGAAAUAAUAAGGGAGUAAGCCCUGAACCAAUUCAUCUUAAGAUUUUUUCACCCAAUGUUGUCAAUCUGACACUUGUGGAUUUGCCAGGAAUGACCAAGGUGCCUGUAGGUGAUCAACCUAAGGAUAUUGAGCUUCAAAUCAGAGAGCUCAUUCUUCGGUUCAUCAGUAACCCAAAUUCCAUCAUCCUUGCUGUCACUGCUGCUAAUACAGAUAUGGCGACGUCAGAGGCACUUAAAAUUUCGAGAGAGGUAGAUCCAGAUGGUCGCAGAACCCUAGCUGUAAUCACUAAACUUGAUCUCAUGGAUGCGGGUACUGAUGCCAUGGAUGUAUUGAUGGGAAGGGUUAUACCAGUCAAACUUGGAAUAAUUGGAGUAGUUAACAGGAGCCAGCUAGACAUUAACAAUAAGAAGUGUGUAACUGAUUCAAUCCGUGAUGAAUAUGCUUUCCUUCAAAAGAAAUACCCAUCUCUGGCCAAUAGAAAUGGAACAAAGUAUCUUGCUAGGACUCUAAACAGGUUACUGAUGCACCACAUCAGAGACUGCUUACCGGAACUGAAGACCAGAAUAAACGUCCUGGCUGCUCAGUAUCAGUCUCUUCUAAACAGCUAUGGGGAACCUGUGGAUGACAAAAGUGCUACUCUACUCCAGCUUAUUACCAAGUUUGCCACAGAAUAUUGUAACACUAUUGAAGGAACGGCAAAGUAUAUUGAAACUUCUGAGCUAUGCGGUGGUGCUAGAAUAUGUUAUAUUUUCCAUGAGACGUUUGGGCGAACCUUAGAAUCUGUUGACCCACUAGGUGGCCUUAACACAAUUGACAUUUUGACUGCCAUUAGAAAUGCUACUGGUCCUCGUCCUGCGUUGUUUGUGCCUGAAGUUUCAUUUGAGUUACUAGUGAAGAGGCAAAUCAAACGUCUGGAAGAGCCCAGCCUCCGUUGUGUGGAGCUGGUCCAUGAAGAAAUGCAAAGGAUCAUUCAGCACUGUAGCAACUACAGCACCCAGGAAUUGUUGAGGUUUCCUAAACUUCAUGAUGCCAUAGUUGAAGUAGUGACUUGUCUUCUGAGAAAACGGUUGCCUGUUACAAAUGAAAUGGUCCAUAACUUAGUGGCAAUUGAAUUGGCUUAUAUCAACACAAAACAUCCAGACUUUGCUGAUGCUUGUGGGCUAAUGAACAAUAAUAUAGAGGAACAAAGGAGAAACAGGCUAGCAAGAGAAUUACCUUCAGCUGUAUCACGAGACAAGUCUUCUAAAGUUCCAAGUGCUUUGGCACCUGCCUCCCAGGAGCCCUCCCCUGCUGCUUCUGCUGAGGCUGAUGGCAAGUUAAUUCAGGACAGCAGAAGAGAAACUAAAAAUGUUGCAUCUGGAGGUGGUGGGGUUGGAGAUGGUGUUCAAGAACCAACAACAGGCAACUGGAGAGGAAUGCUGAAAACUUCAAAAGCUGAAGAAUUAUUAGCUGAGGAAAAAUCAAAACCAAUUCCAAUUAUGCCAGCCAGUCCACAGAAAGGCCAUGCUGUGAAUCUGUUAGAUGUGCCGGUUCCUGUAGCACGAAAACUGUCUGCCCGUGAACAGAGAGAUUGUGAGGUUAUUGAACGACUCAUCAAAUCAUAUUUUCUUAUUGUCAGAAAGAAUAUUCAAGACAGUGUGCCAAAAGCAGUAAUGCAUUUUUUGGUUAAUCAUGUGAAAGAUACUCUUCAGAGUGAGUUAGUAGGACAGCUAUAUAAAUCAUCAUUGUUGGAUGAUCUUCUGACUGAAUCUGAGGACAUGGCACAACGCAGGAAAGAAGCAGCUGAUAUGCUAAAGGCGUUACAAGGAGCCAGUCAAAUUAUUGCUGAAAUCCGAGAGACUCAUCUCUGGUGAAGAGAACUGUUUAACACUGAGACUGUUGACUCGAAACUUGCUAGUUACUGCCUACUUGAGUAGAAUUUUAUUUAUGAACUCCUGUGUAUUGCAGUGGUAUGAAUCUGCUCAUGUGAAGACUGGCUAUAAACUGAAAAUUGUACUCUGUAUUACAGAACAAAUCACAUAUUUAAUCCAAAUAAUAAAUGGCUGUUUCUAAAGUUUUCCAGUAUAUAUAAAAUACAUCAAGUCUGUCUUGUCACAGUUUCAUUUGAACUUAAAAAGACCUGUUAAUGUUCUAGUUGUAAAAGCAGUUUGCCUGUGGAUAAGAUGACCUGUGUAAUCUGUUAGUAGUCUUAAAGCCGCUGUCAUAGUCCUUCAAGAAGAAUGUACCAAGACAUUUCAUACAACUAUAAUGCAUGCACUAUAUAAACCGAUCUGGCUUUGAAAGAUGUGGGUUGACAAGUUACUCACAUAGUCACUGUAUUCCACCUGUCCUUUGAUUUACAGUUUUAUUGAGCUUCUCUGCAACCUUUGAUGUGUUAGUAAGAAAGCUGAAUGCAUAAGAAGACCUUUAACGUUGACAGUGAUGCGGUGGGCAUAAUGUGUAGCUACGCAGCCCUUCUACUUCUGGGUCCACGUUGCCCUAGUGCAUUAAAAACUAAAGUAUC